AUGGGGAUGGGGUAGCAGCCAGGACCUGACUCUCCUUCCUUUUUUAUUUCUGUAGACGCAGCCACCAGCCCAAGCAGCAGCGACAUGGGCAGCGCCAGCCCGGGCCUGAGUGGCGUCCCCCCGAGCCGCCUCCUGCUGCCCCCUGACAAUGUGCUACGGACUGGCCUGGAGAAGGUGGCAGUGGGGGCAGGGGCAAUGGGGCCCGAGAGACAGGACUGGAGCCCCAGCCCACCUGCCACACCUGAGCAGGGCCUGUCCACCUUCUACCUCUCCUACUUCGACAUGCUGUACUCCGAGGACAGCAGCUGGGUGGCCAAGGGCCCCGGGGCCAGCACUCGGGAGGAGCCGCCCGACGAGCCCGAGCAGUGCCCUGUCAUCGACAGCCAAGCCCCGGGGGGCAGCCUGGACCUGGUGCCAGGUGGGCUGACCCUGGAGGAGCAUUCACUGGAGCAGGUGCAGUCCAUGGUGGUGGGCGAGGUGCUCAAGGACAUCGAGACGGCCUGCAAGCUGCUCAACAUCACGGCAGACCCUGUGGACUGGAGCCCUGGCAACGUGCAGAAGUGGCUCCUGUGGACGGAGCACCAGUACCGGCUGCCCUCCGUGGGCAAGGCCUUCCAGGAGCUGGGGGGUAAGGAGCUGUGUGCCAUGUCGGAGGAGCAGUUCCGCCAGCGCUCGCCCCUGGGCGGGGAUGUGCUGCACGCCCACCUGGACAUCUGGAAAUCAGCGGCCUGGAUGAAAGAGAGGACGUCCCUGGGGGCGAUUCACUACUGUGCGUCAACCAGCGAAGAGAGCUGGACGGACAGCGAGGUGGACUCGUCCUGUUCCGGGCAGCCCAUCCACCUGUGGCAGUUUCUCAAGGAACUGCUGCUGAAGCCACACAGCUAUGGCCGCUUCAUCCGGUGGCUCAACAAGGAGAAGGGCAUCUUCAAAAUCGAGGACUCCGCACAGGUGGCCCGGCUGUGGGGCAUCCGCAAGAACCGCCCCGCCAUGAACUACGACAAGCUGAGCCGCUCCAUCCGCCAGUAUUACAAGAAGGGCAUCAUCCGCAAGCCGGACAUCUCCCAGCGCCUGGUCUACCAGUUUGUGCACCCCAUCUGA